UCAAUUUGGUAUCCGCGACUGUGGGGGCCUUCACGCUCUCGGGAAACCGGUGCUUUUAUCUAAUGUGGAUCCGUGAAGACGCCAUUAGAGCAGCUUAGAAGGCUCGAUUCUUCAGAUCAAAGGAGAGAAGCUUUUCAUUGACGAUUCAUGGCACCCAUCAAGAACAUUCUCUCUCUCUCAAGGACAGCGAAAGUAUGUCGGUACAGUGAGAAGUGGGACUCAGUUUGCAGAUCAUUCAGCACUCAGGGUGCAACUACCUCGAGUACUCCACAACCUCCACCACCACCCCCACCUCCUGAGAAAACCCAUUUUGGUGGCCUGAAGGAUGAGGACCGCAUCUUCACCAACCUCUAUGGAUUGCAUGACCCUUUCCUCAAAGGUGCCAUGAAGCGGGGAGAUUGGUAUAGGACCAAAGACAUUGUACUUAAGGGUACUGACUGGAUUGUCAACGAAAUGAAGAAAUCUGGUCUUCGUGGCCGUGGUGGAGCUGGUUUUCCAUCUGGUCUCAAGUGGUCCUUUAUGCCAAAGGUCUCUGAUGGCCGCCCUUCUUAUCUUGUUGUUAAUGCUGAUGAGAGUGAACCUGGGACUUGCAAGGAUAGGGAGAUAAUGCGUCAUGACCCACACAAGCUACUAGAGGGUUGCUUAAUUGCUGGGGUAGGCAUGCGAGCCUCUGCUGCUUACAUCUACAUAAGGGGAGAGUAUGUAAACGAGCGUUUAAACCUUGAGAAGGCCAGGAAAGAGGCUUAUCAAGCUGGACUUUUGGGAAAGAAUGCAUGUGGGUCUGGUUAUGAUUUUGACGUUCAUAUCCACUAUGGAGCUGGUGCAUACAUUUGUGGUGAAGAGACAGCACUCUUAGAGAGCCUUGAAGGGAAACAAGGGAAGCCCAGGCUAAAGCCUCCUUUCCCAGCUAAUGCGGGGUUAUAUGGCUGCCCAACAACUGUUACAAAUGUUGAAACUGUGGCUGUUUCCCCUACCAUUCUUAGGCGGGGACCUGAGUGGUUUGCUAGUUUUGGUCGGAAAAACAAUGCAGGUACAAAGUUAUAUUGUGUUUCAGGUCACGUGAACAAACCCUGCACAGUAGAAGAGGAAAUGAGUAUUCCUUUGAAGGAGCUGAUUGAGAGGCAUUGUGGUGGAGUUAGGGGUGGAUGGGACAAUUUGCUUGCAAUAAUACCUGGGGGUUCAUCUGUUCCACUGAUUCCCAAGCACAUAUGUGAUGACGUCUUGAUGGAUUAUGAUGCACUCAAGGCUGUUCAGACAGGUUUGGGUACGGCAGCCGUGAUUGUGAUGGACAAGUCAACUGACAUUGUGGAUGCCAUUGCUAGGCUGUCUUACUUCUACAAGCAUGAAAGCUGUGGGCAGUGCACACCAUGCAGAGAAGGAACUGGAUGGCUGUGGAUGGUCAUGGAGAGGUUGAAGGUUGGGAAUGCAAAACUGGAGGAAAUAGACAUGCUUCAGGAAGUCACAAAACAAAUUGAGGGGCACACAAUUUGUGCCCUGGGAGAUGCUGCUGCUUGGCCAGUCCAGGGCCUCAUCAGGCAUUUCAGACCAGAGCUGGAGAGGAGGAUCAAGGAGCAUGCAGAGAGGGAGUUGCUCGAGGCUGCAGCUGCUUGAAUUAUCCCACCCAGGGAAACACCCUAUGUGGUGAGCAUUGUUGAAUAAACAGGUUGAAGGGACUCAAUAUCUCGAGAGAAGCAACUUUUUUCUGAUGUAUUACAACUGCUUAUUUUUGUGUGUUUAUAAUACUGUGAGAUUCAUCUUGGAAUUCUGCGACUAUUUACUUAAUCCAUCCCUCUUUCCUGCACCCUCUGAAGGGCUGGGAGCUGUAGUUCCUUCUACGCUUGUGCUGAAAAGGACCAUUAAUUUAGUCAUAUCUUUUUGAUAAUUCAGACCAUCUGAACAUGGUUAACAGGACUAAAGUAUGACAUUCUUGAAUUUUCGUUGGAGAAA